UUAUUAAUAUAUUAUUAUUGUGUGCGAAAGAUAAUAUAUUAUAUAUCGUCGUCGAGUUUCUAACGAUAAAAGUCGACGCCCGAUCAUCGAUAUAUACACGCACACGCGCCCGCGUAGUGAUAAACAAAGGAGAAAUUAAUUGAAAAGUAACUUUUUUUGGGAAAGUUCGUGCUGAUUCAGUGUUAAACGUUCCCGUCGUUACAAGGAGAAAAAGAAGAAGAAAAAUAAUAAGAAGAUAUUGCUAAUAGGAGAUUCUUAAGUCUUCUCUUAAGGACCUUCGUUUCGAGGAAUCGUUUUAAGAACGGUAUCCCCAACGUGUACUACACACGGUAAAAAUUCAGCAAGCGCUUGUGCGCAAUUUUGAUAAAGGAAAAGAUAAAGAAGGAGGAUAAUAAAGUAGCGAAUCAAAAGGAUUAAACAAAAGAAAAAGAUGGGUGCCAGACAAAGCAAAAGGUCAGUCGAUAUAACGACGACGCCGAAGAAAGAAGGUAUCCCAAGCGAAGGGGCUGUUGGUGAUGCAGCAACACCCGGUGAUGGGAAACUAGAAAGGAUCGAGGAAAGCGAUGCUAAACCAACGACCAAUGGCAUUGCUUAUCGUACCGACGUUAACGAGGAUAAAGACAAAGACAAGGAUGAUACUAGUGAGAAGGAUAAGGAAAAGGAAAAGCAGCCAUCCGAAGAAGCAAAAUCAGAGGACACGAAGCAAGAAUUGUCCGGUGAAUCUCCAGCAGAAGAUGCGGAAGUGACAACGCCUACAGAAGGUAAUGCUGCAAGUCCCAACACUGUAGCAUCACCAGAAAGCAAAGAGCCUAAAAAAAAAGACAAGAUGAGGAAAAAGUGGUCUUUGAGGUCGAUCAGCUUUAGUAAGAAGGACAAGAGCAAGCCGGCUCGUGAAGAAGCACCUAAGAAUGGAGACGUCACGAAAGAGGAGCCGCUGCCAGAGAGCGGCGAGGAUUGUGAUCAAGGAACUGUGACCGGUAGUCCAGCGGAAGAAAACAAAUCCGAUGCAAGCAGUCCGUCGGAAAAUAACAGCAGUACGCCAUUAUCACCGGCAGUAGAGGCAAACGAAGAGUCAUCAGCAACAACAACGACGACGACGGCGACGACGACAACAGCGGCAGCAGCAGCACCAGCACCAGCAGUUGCUACGACACCAGAAACAUCAACAGAAGCACCAACAGCAGUAGCAGCAGCAGCAGCAGCAACAACGACGCCACCAGCAACUAGCCCAGUUGCCGAGGAAAAGAAAGAGGAGCCCACUCCUUCCGCCCCUACUCCCGUUCCUCUAGAGGAUAAGAAAGGAGAUGUCGAAAAUGUCGAGGGGGAAAAGAAAGUAGUUGAGAGUACUCCGAAAGUCGAGAUACCAGUCGUGGAAAAAGCUGUGACUCAUGAAGUUGGUACGACAGAAAAUAAUAUUGAAGAAGCUCCUAAGGUGGCACCACCAGCAAUUCCGAUCGAAGUUCCUGCUUCGCCGCCAUCUGCACCGGCCAUUACUGAGGAUGUUGCUUCCGUCACUAAGGCCAUCGAGGAAAUUGAAAUUAGCGACAAAGCUGUUGCAGCGGCGGUUAACGAGGCCAUUGAAUGUAACACGAAUGAAAUAAUCGCCGAUGCACAUCACCAAAACAACAUGAAUGAAUAAACGCCAUUUAACCGAAUUGUAUCUUGGGAUGAAGAAAAUUUUUUUCUCUCGUUAAAACCAAAAAAGUAUAUUAUAUAGAUAUGUAUAUUUGGACCAUUCCUUACUAAUUAAACCAGAAAAUAACGUUCUUUCGUUACGAGCAACAACAACAAAACAAAGCAAGCAAGAAAUAAAUAAAUAAGUAAACAAACAAACAAAUAAACAAGAUAAAAAAAAUAAUAAAAAAGGAAGGAAGGAAGGAAAGACAGGUAGAAAGAGAAUAACGAUGUUACCUGAGCAUCACGAUAAGAAGAAAAAUAAUAAUAAUAAUACGAAGAAGAAGAAGAAGAAGAAGAAGAUGAACAUUAUAGACUUUAAAUAGUAGGCCUAUUAAUUAUUAUGAUGAAAACAAAAGCCGGCAGGGUGACGAAAAAAAAAAAAGAAAAAUAACAAGAACUAAACGAUUGCAUUAUUUAAAGGAAGAAAGCGAGGGUCGUUAAAAAGGGUAUAUAAUAAAA